GUUGUAAGGUCCCCAGAAGUUGCUUUGUCUGCUUUUUCUGACCUCGCUUCCAACCCAUUUCAGUGUAAUAAUUCUGCAGCUUACUCUUCUCUGUGGCUCUGUGUCUCUCACAAAUUCAAAGAAAACAAAACUUGAAUACCCCUCCUUUAUUUCUCACUUCCACACGCAUAUAAAUCCAUUUAAAUGCUUUCGCUUCUACCUCUUUCUCUGUGUAUGUAAAAUCUUUGUUCCUAUCAGAAGUGGUGCAGAAAAUUGAGUCUCAGAUCCCUAUAAACACGCCGAAAACGAUACAUACAAGUGCCUACUCUUCAAUCUCAAAAGCUAUCCUCACCCUACCAAAGUCCCUUCUCAAAAGAAAAAAAGAAAAAAGAAAAAAUUAUAACAUAGAGUGGUCCUCAACCUCAAGCUCAGCUUUUUACCUAUAUAACUCUGAAGUCUGAACCCGUUUUGCUUUUAUAUCACUUCACACCUGACAGUAAGUAUUGAGUAUUGAUUGAAGAAUUAGGAAAUGCAAGAAGCAGGGUUGGGAAUGAUGAGUGGUGGAGAAGUGUCACCAUCCGGCGACCACCACCACCACUAUCACCACCGUCAAAUGAAGGCCGAGAUAGCCACUCAUCCACUCUAUGAGCAGCUUCUGGCUGCACAUGUGUCCUGUCUCCGAGUGGCCACUCCGAUUGAUCAGUUGCCACUGAUCGACGCUCAGUUAUCACAGUGCCACCAUCUCCUUCGCUCUUAUGCCUCACAACAUGUUCAUUCCCUCUCACCACAUCACCAACAAGACCUUGACAACUUCCUGACACAAUAUUCGAUAGUGUUGUGUACCUUCAAAGAACAACUUCAGCAACAUGUCAGAGUCCAUGCCGUGGAGGCUGUCAUGGCGUGCCGUGAUAUUGAAAAUACUUUACAAGCUCUAACAGGAGUCAGUUUGGGAGAAGGAACAGGUGCAACAAUGUCAGAUGAUGAAGAUGAUUUGCAGAUGGAUAUGUCUUUAGAUCAAUACAGCGCAGACGGGCAUGACAUGAUGGGAUUUGGUCUUCCUACAGAAUCUGAAAGGUCUUUGAUGGAAAGAGUUCGUCAGGAACUAAAGAUUGAGCUGAAACAGGGUUUUAAGUCAAGAAUUGAAGAUGUUAGGGAGGAAAUAUUACGGAAACGAAGAGCUGGGAAGUUACCAGGUGACACAACAUCGGUUUUGAAAAUCUGGUGGCAACAACAUGCUAAGUGGCCAUACCCAACUGAAGAUGACAAGGCAAAACUUGUGGAGGAGACAGGGUUGCAGCUGAAGCAAAUUAAUAAUUGGUUCAUCAAUCAAAGGAAACGCAACUGGCACAGCAACUCUCAAUCGGUUACCUCUCUGAAGUCCAAGCGCAAGAGGUAGAGAGAUUUUGUUCCUAGCCUAUAUGGAACGGAUAGUAACAUAUAUGCAUAUGGAUUUACUUUAUGUUGAUUGCUGACAGAGAGUAUUCCCACUGAGGAUUCUAGUCUGGUUCAGGAGACAGUAGUUGGUGCACUGUAACAUAAGAUAGCUUUAAAAAGUGCUGGUUGUAAAUUCAUGGAUUUUAACAUAUUCAAACUUUUCUUCUAGCUGUGGUUGCCUCCAUUACUUUCAAGUGUUUUUGUGAAUUGUUUGCUAUGUUUUGACUGGCUGAAGAAGAAUUGAUAUUAAAUUUAGCAGCUUAAGUUUCACCUGCA